UUGACAUUGGAUAUCGUCACUCGAACCGAUAUGUUGUGUCCCACGCGUUUACGCUGAAUUAAUGGUUGACGACUGUCGCGUUUCGUCUUAUUGAUGAAAAAUAGACUCUCAUUUGGAAUGUUUUGCUCAUUUUUGACUGUUGGGAUUCUUCGGAAUCUGCAAUUGGACUAAAGCCUUUUCGUAAUUCCGGUACGUUUUACUCUACAUUUGUGUAGCCUGCUUUUGGUUUUGCUAAUGGGAGCUGCACGCCACUCGAAACGUAAUAUCAGUUUCCACGAGACUCAACAGCUCCGUCUGGAAAGAGAAACGGAGCUUCUUCAAAAUAGCUCAAGUUGAUUGGAAAUGGGAUCGUAUUAUUUGAUACAGACGUUGACUUGAGUACAUAUCACAAUUGGAAUGGCGCAAUCUUAUAUAACCGCUGAUCCCGACAAGUUAAUUCGCCUCGUUCUGUAUCACACCAUGCCUGUGUGGUUUUAUUUUGAAAUCCCUGAGCGGAAAUCGUGCAUGGUUCACCUUUGAUCGACGCUGUCAGGAAGUGGGAUGUGGCCAGAUUGUAUUUAUGCUGCCGAUCAAGAUAUGAAAAUCAUUGAAUCAGCGCGCCUCGGGAGCUCUGCUUCACAGCAGGUCACAGCGGGGAUAACACUUUUGCCCUACGUCCCUCAAGUUGCAACCGGGAGUCGAAAGGAGCGAACGGAGCCGCUGUGUCUUUGCUAUCGUCUGGAUUGGAGCACUUCCCUAAAGACUUGACAACCUCACGCCCAAACACUUUAUUGCAACUGCAUCCAGGGCGUUGGUUACGUAAUAAGUAUGUGAAUCCAUACAGUGACUUUCAAGAAAUACAUGUAUUUUGCUUGAGGACGAAGAUUACCGGGCCUCGUCGUUGAUCACAAAUGUCAGCAAGUCACCAUCAUCAAGUGAUGAUGGAGUCCUCUUUAGCUCUCGGUAGACUGGACCUGACUUCCGCUGUGGGGGUCAACAUGACCCCGUGCAUCUCUCCCGCUGCCUCCACCAAAGAAAUGAGUGCUCACCGGACAAUUGGAACGCAAGGACCGGCUCACUUGAAUGGCUGCGUGCCGCUGUCACAUCAGGUCGCAGGUCACAAGUAUGGAGUGGAUAAAGUGGGCAUUCUGCAGCAUCCUGAUGGAACAGUCCUGAAGCAACUGCAGCCUCCACCUCGAGGACCAAGGGAGAUGCAAUUUUACAGCAUGGUGUAUGCAGAGGAUUGCUGUGACCCAUGCCUUCUUGAGCUCCAGACACAUCUCCCAAAAUAUUACGGCACCUUGUCCUCUCCAUAUGCACCGAACGACCUGUACAUGAAGCUGGAAGAUGUGACUCGACGCUUCGUCAAGCCGUGCAUCAUGGAUGUGAAGCUGGGCCAGCGAAGUUACGAUCCGUUCGCCUCGCAGGAGAAAAGGGAGCAACAGAUCAGAAAAUACCCACUCAUGGAGGAGAUAGGUUUCCUGGUCCUUGGCAUGAGGGUUUACAAACUGUCCAGUGACACUGUUGACACGUUUGACCAGCACUAUGGAAGGGGACUGUUGAAGGACACCAUUAAAGAUGGCUUGGCGAAAUUUUUUCACAACGGCGUUUGUCUGAGGAAGGAUGCCGUAGUAGCCAGCAUUCGCCGAGUACAGAAUAUCCUCCACUGGUUCGAGUCUCAGCGUCAGCUAGUCUUCUACGCCAGCUCUCUUCUCUUUGUCUACGAGGGCAUCCCCUCCUCGAGCACCUUCGGCCUCAUCGCCACCAACAGCCCGGCCGCCGUGGGCGAGGAUGAAAGGAGCCGGGAGGUCGGGGACAAGAAUGAAAAGAUGGCAGAGUACAACAACAACAACAACAUUCAGCCCCGUGAUUGCACCCGAGACUCCAUUUUCAGCAAUCACAGGAAAGGCGGCCUCCAACUUUGCGCCAAGACUCGCCUUCAAGGUAGCGGCGGAGACGACGCCAUUUUAGGGCCGCCGACGCCGCGCCAACCCGUAUCCGUCGAGCAGGACAACUCCACGUGGUUGUCCCGGCAACCGCCAAACGGAAACGGAAACAAAUCCCAACGUGAUGGGAAGGGUGAGGAUAGAGAGAGAGACAAGAGCGGCGGCGGCAGAGAGGCGGAUACCGUGCGAGGUGGAGGCGAGGCGAGCGAAGGAAACGCGCAGGUGGAGGUCAAGAUGAUCGACUUUGCCCACGUUUUCCCCAGCGAGAGCCCCGAUCACGGCUACAUCUACGGCCUCAAGCACCUGCUGAGCGUAUUGAACCAGAUACUCUCUGACGACGCUUAGACUCGUCCGCUCUCGGAACCACCACCACCGCCACCGUCGUCAUCUCACCGGCUUGUGAUGCGUUUAUGGUUUUCCUGAGCGGAAGUCACAGAGGCUGACGCUUCCAUGCACUAAGCAAUCCCUUGAAGGCAUUAGGACCCUCUGCCAUCAGUUGCUGGGUCCACUCCAAAAUGUGACCCCACUUUGCCUGUAAUCCAUUUGAAAUGCACUGGAUUUGACAAGUCUAUUUUUAUAUUGAGGCCACUGAGAGAAGAAGAAGAAGAAGAAAAAAAAUAACUGUUAGGUAUGUGUUGUAUAUCAGAACAUCUCAAAUCCUGAGUGAGCCAGAGAUUUUUCUGUAUUGUUUUUACCAUAGUAACUAUUUGAUACUAUUUAUAGCAGUUUUAGAUUUGUGCUUAAUGGUGUGGAUGCUGAGAGAAGCUUUCACUGCCAUAACGCAUCAAAAUAUGUCUUAUUUUUUUUUUUUUUUUACCCUAAAAAAAUGAUUGCUUCCCAAACACUUUUUUUUGACAAAUAAGAAAACUAAAAAUGCUAAACUAUCAGUAUGGGGGGAAAAAAAAAAAAGUUGUCAUCUCCAAAAAGUUGUCCUGUCCCCCAAAAUACUCUUCAAUUCUAUUUGAAUUCGGAAGGGAUGUUUUUUUUUUUGUGUAUAUCACAACAAUGCUUUCUGGAAUAUUAACAUAAAUCAGCUUUUCUUAUGAACUGGCAUUUUUGCUUUUGAUUUUCUCUUCUUUCUUUUGGUGCGUAAACAUCUCUCAGCAUUCACAUUCCGUUUUUGAGGGAAUUUCUAUUUUUCAAACAAUAAAAGGUAAGUCUCUUUCCAAGUUCUAUUUCUGCAUAAAUAACUAGUGUUACUGUGUAUGUCAACAUUACCCAAGAUUGUAUAGUGAUGUGUAAUUUCCGCUUGUGCCGUUAUUUCCAUCCGACAUUAGGUUACCAUAGCAAUACUGGCCUGGAUUUGGAAUACAAGAAAGCACUUUGACAUUGAGACCCUGAAAAACACAAAUACUCGAGUUGAACUGGAUUUCAAACAACUCUCCCACUUAGCAAACCACCAACUGGAACUUGAGUUGCUUGAAUGUCGUCAUCCUUUGUUAAAAAUGUAAACCCGAGCUUAAACUGACACACUUUACUGCCAUUCAAUUUCUUGACAUUGUCAUUUUGUCUUUUUGUUGAAUCCAAUGUCAACAGGGAUGUAACUCAGGUAAUGAACACCAAGAAUACAUGCCAUUGCCAUUUUCGCUCCCCAGCCAGAGAUGAUCCUCGUGCUGUGUAGAUGCUCAGUGUUUAAGUCCACGUCAAUCGCAUUUAUGGCUUUGUCGUUUUUGUCGUCGUCGUAUUAUCGAGGCUCCGCACCUAGUUCUGAUCGAUGGUAUCUGGUUAAGAUCACGAGUUUUCCGAUUGUACACUUGAUCAAUAGGAUGUGAAUGGAGAAAGACGGCAAAGAAUGGGCUUUAGUUUGUUUGUAUUACUUGUUUUGGGCAUUGUAUGGAUGUUGGAAGUCAUGGCUACCUUUUCUGUCCUGUUUGACUCCUAUUUAGAGUUGUGUCAUUUUUCUAGAGGUUUCUAGGCUGGUCUUCGGACUGACCGUGCAAAUAUUUCACACACAUUGGAUGAUAUUAAUCAGAUUAAAUGCAAUGAUUGACGGAUGAAUGAUGCAACCCAAAGUGAAAAGUGGCACCAAAAAAAAAAAAACUCCAACUAAUUCAAAUUUAGUUCUUUGUUGGUGGGAUGGUGUAUCUUGUUAGUCUUCUCACCAACAAUGUAACGCAUUUUUUUUAAUUUAGUUUUAAUUUUUCUUUUAAAUUGCUGCUAAUCUUUUUUUCUACACUAUAACUGGCUCCUUAUUGUGUUUCAAUAUGGCAGGCUGCAUUAGACAUUUUAUUUGAUCUGUAAUGAACUGAAUUGUUCGCAAUUGUUUCUAAAUACAAAUAGAUGACUAAAGUAUAUUUCUUUCUUUUGUGAUCACAUUUUUUGAAGUCCUAUUUGAUGUUUACACGCAUUAUUUUCCUGUAACUGCCAUGUGUAUUGUCAAUUACUUUCCUGUCUUUGUGUUUUGAACAUCAUUUUUCGUUCAUUCCGGCAGCUUUAUUGAUCUGUUCAUUCUGCUUGUAAGCUAACAAAUGUCAUAUCAUACAGAUUUACACAGGGAAUCAUGAAUAAAAUAUUUUUGUUUAAUGACAGUAAUGCAACUUGUAACCCGUGUGUAAAGUCUGAUAAUCAGGCUUUGGUACUAAAGCAGGCACUUUUUCCAUUAUUAUAAAUUGUUUACUUAACAUUCAAUAAAAACGAUCACAUCUGAAUA